AUUAAAUCGUACGAAAUGUCUCGUUCCAUUUGCAUCCUCUUCGCGGUCCUGGCCGUUCUUCAGGCAGCACUUGCCAGUCCUGUCAACGAGCCUCCAGUGGUCAAGACCGAGAUCUUAAACUUACAAGUCACCGAUUUGGUCGAACCAAAUUUGCUUAACGACUCAAGUAGUCUAGCCGGUGUAGAUUUAGAGGUUGGCAGUCACAGGUCAGGUGAAACACUAUACCGCGCAAGAAAUGCGUAUGCAAAUAGUGAACAGAAUGCGGUGAUUUUGGAAUUACACCUGACUAUUCCUAGCGGAAUCAUCCAUUAUGUCCAGGCGGUAAACGAUCCUAGCAGCCAUGCCGUGAUUUCCAGCACUUCAAAUACUUUGGGAUCAUCUGAAUCGGUGAUAUUGCUUGGACUUCCACCUCAUACAUUCAAUGUGAUAACCUUCACCGUUGCCGCACACUAAUUCUUUCGUUUCGCCUGAGUUCGUUGCGAAGGGAUUUCUAUAACUGUUAUGAUUUCUAUAACUAUAUAUAUUUCUAUAACUAUUAUGAUGUGUAAAAUGUAAAUUUUGUAUAGCACUGUAGCCUUGGAUGCAUCAUUAAAACUAUUUUUCAUCAUUA